UGAUGGGUAGCCAAGUUUCAAGCUCUUCUUCGUGUACGAAACAUUUAAUGUAACCAAUAUAAUUAUAUUUUCCGUAUCGUAGAAAUUGCGUUAUCUUUCUUUUGAGAGGUGUACAUUUUACUUCUACAUUUUCUGAAAUAAUUAGACCCGCGAUACACGUUGAAUAUCUUUGCGAGGUGCCCCGGGCUCUUAAAGUCAAGAAGACGAUGUUAAACUGGUAGUGCCGCCAUCGCCGUCGUGAAACCGCGAUUGUCGGCCGGAGAAAAUGAACCACCAAUGGCGUAGGAUGUCUUAUUUACAAUUAAUUCAUUGGCGCGAUGAGCACGAAGCGUCUCGAUGAACUUCGGUGCAAAUAGAUCUUUUUGAGUACAGAAGCAACGAAGUUGUCUAUAAAUCCACCACGAAUCUCGAUUUAACCUUCGAUCAAUUUUUUUUAGAUAGCAAAUGUGACUUUGUUCUGCAUCAGGAGAGAAUAUUUCCACAAUCUGCCUUCUUCAGGGUUUCCAAAAUUGAUCGGUGGUCUCGCAAUUUUACGAUGUGAUGGACGAGGCCGAGGAUCAGCACAGAUACAAAUACGGAGUCAGCUUGUGCUUCUCGAUGAUGGGCCGAAGGAAGCUCAAGAUCUCGAUGUGUGCAAUUAGUACCUCCCCGGAAACGGGUGAUGCGACUGCUAUUAUGCCGACAAGGAGAAAAUACUCGGCGAUUUCCGGCACUGAAGACUUAAAAAACGUCUCUCUCUCGAAAGAAGAUAAGAACGCGCACGUUCGAUGCAUCCCGACGAUACCGUCAAGUUCGAUUAAUUAUCCCAGAAAUAACAUUUACGAGGGAUAUGCAUUAAGUCAGGAUGAUUCCUGGCGAAGAACGAGCGACAACGAACACGACGUUAUACAUUACGGAUUUCCUUAUUACAGGAGUAACAGAACCAAUAGCUUUCAAGACGCCGUGCUGGUGAAGGAUGUAGGAGUAUCCUGCAAGCUCUUAAAUGAUAAUGUGGAUGAACCUGACAUACCGAUUUCAGGAUUUGAGAGUUACCUUGUGAGGCAGCUGAAGCUCGAGUACAAUGAGUUGUCGAGCAUCACAAAAAAGAUAAAUGCGUAUACCAAGGAUAUCUUGAACAACUUAGCGUUGAGAUACAGAAGAAAGGAUCUUGUUCUUCGAAAAUUACAUGUAGCUUCGAAACAUGUGAUGGCGUCUCAGUAUACCGACGAGAUGGGAAAUCCCUGUUUAAAAUUAAGAUUUUGCGAUAACACGAAGAGGAAACGUCGAUCAUCGAGGAAUGUUUUAAAUAACAAUUUAUCCGAAAAAGAAAUUGCCAAGGAGAUGCAUGAAAAAUACGCAAAUACCAAAAAGCGACGUGUGCAAGCCGAUAAAGCUUUCCCGAAAAGAAUUCUCGAACUCUCGCCGAAAUGCAGCGGCCUGUUGCUUCGCAAUUACCUGUUAAUGAAGAGAGAGAAAGUAUCCAGCAGCGGCUCAAAGGCGUCCUUACGUAAAGCUGAAUAUAUCGCACUACCCGGUAAACCGUGUAGAGACCGUGGCGUCCAUAAAUCUCACAGGUCCUUUUACGCGAGCAAAUGCGAUCCUCUAGUGCUCACUAAUUGGAAGGAAGUGUCCAGACGAAAGGAGAAUCAAUCUAAAUCCGCGUGUAACUCUAGCACUUCCGGCGGCUCGCGUUGCACAGUCAAUUGCACUUGAUUCGCUAAUAAGUCGGAGAAAGUUAGAUUUUCGAAGAUA